AUGAUGUCUGCACGCUUUUCCAGAGCUCUCCCCAGAGCUGCCAGCUCAGUAGCCCGCUCUGCAGCCUUCGCCCGCCAGCCUUUUGGUUCCAAGUUCGCUCGCUAUGAGUCGACUGCUUCAGAGGGAAAGGUGCAGGGCGCCGUGAUCGGUAUCGAUCUGGGUACCACCAACUCCGCUGUCGCCAUUAUGGAGGGCAAGACUCCCAAGAUUAUCGAGAACUCUGAGGGUGCCCGCACAACGCCCUCUGUUGUUGGUUUCGCGCAGGAUGGCGAGCGUCUUGUCGGUGUCGCCGCCAAGCGCCAGGCCGUCGUUAACCCUGAGAACACCCUCUUCGCCACCAAGCGUCUCAUCGGUCGCAAGUUCACCGAUGCUGAGGUCCAGAGAGAUAUCAAGGAGAUUGGUGGUUUCGUCCUCAACAAGAUGAAGGAGACCGCUGAGGCCUACCUCUCCAAGCCCGUCAAGAACGCCGUCGUCACCGUCCCUGCCUACUUCAACGACUCCCAGCGUCAGGCUACCAAGGAUGCUGGUCAGAUCGCCGGCCUGAACGUCCUCCGUGUUGUCAACGAGCCCACCGCCGCCGCUCUGGCCUACGGCUUGGAGAAGCAGAACGACAGCGUCAUCGCUGUCUACGAUCUUGGCGGUGGUACUUUCGAUAUCUCCGUUCUUGAGAUCCAGAACGGUGUCUUCGAGGUCAAGUCCACCAACGGUGACACCCACUUGGGUGGUGAGGACUUCGAUAUCCACCUCGUCCGCCACCUCGUCCAGCAGUUCAAGAAGGACUCCAACAUCGACCUGUCCAACGACCGCAUGGCCAUCCAGAGAAUCCGUGAGGCCGCCGAGAAGGCCAAGAUCGAGCUCUCCUCCUCCCUCUCCACCGACAUCAACCUGCCCUUCAUCACCGCCGACGCCUCUGGCCCCAAGCACAUCAACCAGAAGCUCACCCGUGCUCAGCUGGAGAAGAUGGUCGACCCCCUCAUCACCCGCACCAUUGACCCCGUUCGCAAGGCCCUCAAGGACGCCAACCUCCAGGCCAAGGACAUCCAGGAGGUCAUCCUCGUUGGUGGUAUGACUCGCAUGCCCAAGGUUUCCGAGUCCGUCAAGAGCAUCUUCGGCCGUGACCCCGCCAAGUCUGUCAACCCCGACGAGGCUGUCGCCAUUGGUGCCGCCAUCCAGGGUGCCGUUCUCUCUGGUGAGGUCAAGGACCUUCUGCUGCUCGAUGUCACUCCCCUGUCUCUCGGUAUCGAGACCCUCGGCGGUGUCUUCACCCGCCUGAUCAACCGCAACACCACCAUCCCCACCAAGAAGUCCCAGACCUUCUCCACUGCUGCCGACUUCCAGACCGCUGUCGAGAUCAAGGUCUACCAGGGUGAGCGUGAGCUCGUCCGUGACAACAAGCUCCUCGGCAACUUCCAGCUCGUCGGUAUCCCCCCUGCCCACCGUGGUGUUCCUCAGAUCGAGGUCACCUUCGACAUCGACGCCGACUCCAUUGUCCACGUCCACGCCAAGGACAAGUCCACCAACAAGGACCAGUCCAUCACCAUUGCCUCCGGCUCUGGUCUGUCUGACUCUGAGAUCCAGCAGAUGGUUGAGGACUCUGAGAAGUACGCCGAGGCCGACAAGGAGCGCAAGGGCUCCAUCGAGGCUGCCAACCGCGCCGACAGCGUCCUGAACGACACCGAGCGUGCCCUCAACGAGUACGCCGAGAAGCUCGACAAGACCGAGGCUGACGGCAUCCGUGAGAAGAUCGCCUCCCUCCGCGAGUUCGUCUCCAAGAGCUUGGCUGGCGAGGGCAACGCCACCGCCACCGAGAUCAAGGAGAAGACCGACGAGCUCCAGGUUGCCAGCUUGAACCUCUUCGACAAGAUGCACAAGGCCCGUGCCGAGGCUGGCGAGCAGCCCGCCCAGGACGCCAACGCCUCCGAGAACAAGGACGAGAAGAAGCCUUAA